CUCCAGGCGGCCUGCGUCGACGACCGGGCGUUACUGGAAAAAGGAACGACGGCGUUCACGAGCUGGGUCCGAAGCUACCUCGAGCACCGGCUGCCCUUCAUCUUCCGCUGGGAGAAGGUCGACGUCGGCUCCGUCGCGCGCCUCUUCGCGCUCCUGAAGCUGCCGGAGAUGCCCGAGCUCCGCAAGCUCGCCAAGGCGGGCAAGCUCACGGCGUUCGAACGGAGCGACGUCCGCACGGGCGCGAUACCCUUCAAGGACGAGAAGCGCGAGGCCGCGCGGCAGAAGCGCUACGCCGCCGAGCAGGAGACGCGGAAACAGAAGCGCGAGGAGCUGCGCGCGGCCGCCGCCGGCGGCGACGCGCCCCCGAAGAAGCCCGCGGCGAAGCGCGACGACGGCCCGCGGAAGCGCAAGGGCCAGCACGCGAAGAUCAUGGACGAGUGGGACGACCUCGCGGCCGAGGAGCGGCUCCACAAGCGCCUGAAGAAGGGCAAGAUCUCCCAGGACGACUUCGAC